AUGUCUCUGCCCCAGCGACCAGACGCCUCGUCGCCCAAACGAGACCAGCGCCAUGUUUUUCGAGAAUCACCCUCGCGCCGACGACGACCCUCCGAUCUCGAGAACAGACGAUCGCACGACCGCACCCCAAGCAAACCCGGAGCCUCCCACUCGUACUCGAAGCCGCUGCCCUCGCCAGGCACACCGGUGCCCAUGGAUAGAGAUCCCAUGAUGGCUCCACAGCGCGCUCCGGGGGCGCAGGAUCUGGGGAGGAAACGAAGCCUGGUUCGCCCCGAGCGACAGCGCAUAGAUCCAAAUCACCCCAACUAUCACUACCGAAAGCAUGCGCAAAAGAUGGCCGUGCAUCCCUCGACGACCGGAAAUGACCCUAUAAGGGAGGACUACCUGGAGGCGGAGACUGUCAGUUCGGAUAGCACCGACCUCAAACCCCCUCAUUUACGCAACGCAUCCGGCGGGGGAUACAAUGACAAGCAAGCUCCGCUGGACGACGACACUCCCAAACCGCAGCGGCGGCUGACACGCAGCAAGACGAUGAAGAAGCUAGAGGAGCAGCGACAGAAGGAGAAGGAUGCCAUGCGGCCGCCUAGCCUAUGGAACGUAUAUUGCGCCAUAAUCACAUUCUGGGUCCCGGACGCCGUACUGCGAUGCUUCGGAAAGCCACAGAAGGCCCAGCAGCGGGCAUGGCGGGAAAAAGUCGGGCUUCUCAGCAUCAUCGUCAUCAUCUGCGCCGCUGUCGGAUUCCUCACAUUUGGAUUCACCCAGACUGUUUGCCCCAACGGGGGAGGCGUGCGGUUGAGGGUAAACAAAGUCGAUCGUGGCUUCCUGAUUGUGCACGGCAAAGCCUACGAUCUCGCUCGUUCCACACAUCCACUUGCCCGCGGGAUUCCUGAAGGCGCCAACGUCCUCUUUGAUCUACCCGAGAAGCACGGCGGUCAAGAUGCUAGUUUCCUGUUCCAGAAUGUCAACGGAGCCUGCAAAGGGCUCAUCACCGCUGCAGAAGACUCCGACGUGCCCACAGAUUCAAAUGGUGGUUUGGGUUGGUAUUUCCCCUGCCAACUCUUCAACCAGGACGGCUCCACAAAGCCCAAUCUCACGAUCCCCUACUACCUUGGCUACCAAUGUCAUACCUCGGAUAACGCUCGCAGGGCGUUCUAUGGACUCAAGAGCGCGGGCGAUGUGUACUUCACCUGGGAUGACAUCAGAAACAGCUCUCGCAAUCUGAUGGUGUGGGGCGGCGAUGUGCUGGAUUUGGAUCUUCUGAACUGGUUCAACAAGUCCCAGGUCGCAGUCCCCGACCUAUUCGACCGGAUUCAAAAGAACCCGGCCGUAAGGGGUGUGGAUGUAACCCGCACUUUCUCUUCGAGCUACGAGAAGCAGGUCGCCAGGUGCUUCACCCAAACCAUCAAGGUCGGUUCCAUCGAUACCGAGAGCAUUGGCUGCAUUGCAUCCAAGGUCGUUCUCUAUGUCUCUCUGGUAUUCAUUCUGGCCAUCGUCGUAGCCAAGUUCAUGCUUGCCUUGGCCUUCCAAUGGUUUAUUAGCCGGAAAUUCGGAGCAGCAAAGACUUCAUUAGGAAAGACCGACUCGAAGCAGCGAAAGCAACAGAUCGAGGAGUGGAGCGACGAUAUUUAUCGUCCACCGCCAAAACUUAUGGACCCUGCCGGAGCUGACAGGUCUAACAAGCGUGGCAGUAUAUUGCCUUCGACCUCAAGGUUUACCAGCCCGUAUGCUAUGGAAAAGUCAGCAAAGAGUCGGGCCCCGCCCACUACCAUGACCAGCCAAAGCGCUUCGUCUCGCCUUCUUUCCUCAUCCCAUGGCGGUGGCGGCAUGUACAGACAGCUCAAUACCAGCCACGGAACUCUUCCAACCUACGACGGGAAGCCAUCAGUUCAGGAGAGCCGAUCAAGCUUGUUGCUAUCAGGGACUACCGAGCAGAACCGCUACUCUAGCGUCAUGGGUGAAGUGGAGGGCCCCGGUCCGGCUGGUUUUAUCCACGAAGCCGUCGUUCCCCAGCCUCCUCCGGAAUGGCAGCCUUUCGGUUAUCCAUUGGCUCACGCUAUCUGCUUGGUCACCGCCUACUCUGAAGGUGCGGAGGGCAUUCGAACAACAAUUGACUCUAUCGCCACCACCGAUUAUCCUAACAGCCAUAAGCUCAUCUUGGUUAUCUGCGACGGCAUGAUCAAAGGCAAAGGUGAAGACUUGACUACUCCCGAAAUAUGCCUCGGCAUGAUGAAGGACCACGCAGUGCUACCACACGAGGUCGAGGCCUUCUCGUAUGUCGCGGUCGCAAGCGGCUCCAAGCGACACAACAUGGCCAAAGUCUACUCUGGCUUCUACGAUUAUGGCGAGGACACCCGCAUUCCCACCGAGAAGCAGCAACGUGUUCCAAUGAUGGUCGUUGUCAAGUGCGGAACCCCCGAUGAGGCUAAAAAGUCGAAGCCCGGCAACCGUGGCAAGCGAGACAGCCAGAUCAUCCUCAUGUCGUUCUUGCAGAAGGUCAUGUUUGACGAGCGUAUGACGGAGCUCGAGUUUGAGAUGUUUAACGGUAUCUGGAAAAUUACUGGCAUCUCUCCCGACUUUUACGAGGUGGUGCUCAUGGUGGAUGCGGACACGAAAGUCUUCCCAGACAGUUUGACGCACAUGAUCUCCGCCAUGGUCAAAGAUCCGGAGAUCAUGGGCCUCUGCGGCGAAACGAAGAUUGCCAAUAAGCGUGAGUCGUGGGUGUCUAUGAUCCAGGUGUUUGAGUAUUUCAUUUCUCACCACUUGUCCAAGUCGUUUGAGUCCGUCUUCGGCGGUGUCACAUGUCUCCCAGGGUGCUUCUGCAUGUACCGCAUCAAGGCUCCUAAAGGCGGUCAGAACUACUGGGUUCCUAUCCUGGCCAACCCGGACGUUGUGGAGCACUACUCCGAGAACGUGGUCGACACGUUGCACAAAAAGAACCUGCUCUUGCUAGGCGAGGAUCGAUACCUGUCGACGCUGAUGCUGAAGACGUUCCCCAAGCGAAAGCAGGUCUUUGUGCCUCAAGCCGUCUGCAAAACCACGGUACCCGAAAAGUUCAGCGUCCUCCUGUCACAGCGCAGGCGAUGGAUCAAUAGUACGGUCCACAAUCUGAUGGAGCUGGUGCUGGUACGAGAUCUGUGUGGCACCUUCUGCUUCAGCAUGCAGUUCGUCGUGUUCAUUGAGCUUGUCGGAACCCUGGUCCUGCCCGCCGCCAUCGCUUUCACAUUCUACCUGAUUGCGAUCUCCAUCAAAGCCGCCGUCCUGCAUACCGAGGCGCCUGUUAUUCCACUUGUGCUGCUGGCGCUCAUUUUAGGUUUGCCAGCCGUGCUCAUCGUCGUGACGGCCCAUCGAUGGUCCUAUGUUGCCUGGAUGUUUGUCUACCUGCUGUCGCUGCCCGUCUGGAACUUCGUGCUUCCGGCGUAUGCGUACUGGAAGUUUGACGACUUCAGCUGGGGCGACACGCGCAAGACGGCGGGCGAGAAAACGAAGAAGGCCGGCCUCGAGUAUGAGGGCGAGUUCGACAGCAGCAAGAUCACGAUGAAGCGGUGGCAUGAUUUCGAAGCAGAACGGAGACUUAAGGCACCAAGCACUGCCGGUGGCGGCGGAUGGUCGCAGCAGACCACGACAUCGGCUGGAGGGUGGCCUCCUCCGCUGCCUACUCAGCAGCAGUAG